AUGAAGAACACAUGGGGUGUUGUAGGUUGGGUGAGAAUCGCCGCAUUUCUCAUGCCAAUUCAUGCCUGUGUCGUCAACGGUCUCUCUUGGCGCAGUGGACAACGAUCAAGUUCAGAGACAAAAGACUUCGCCCACGCAGAUGCUACAGACGGUAGCAUUUCACAAUUUCAGGAGCACGGAUCUCAAUCUCCAAGUCUCUACGAGGUCGCUCGCCAUGAAUUGCGAGAACUUGAAUUCGAGCCUUUGUGCCAACAAUCCGCUGCACGGAUCUUGGCGAACAACUGCGAGCUUCUAGGAACCAAGAAUGAGGCGACGAUUCUUACUACCAGUGGCAGACUGGUUAGAGAUUUCGUUGAUUCUCUUGAGCCAACUUCCGGUUCAGAACUUUGGCCAUUUGCAUGUCUCUUCCGCGGAAAUCAAGUCCUGCCUCUCUGGCUUGAGCGAUUCUUCUUCGGCAUAGAAUACCUGGCCGAGGACAUCCGCCGUUUCAAACACCUUGUGGAUAUUGUUGAAAAAUUCACAAGUGGCCUUGAAAAAGAGGGCGAGAGAGCCUCACAACAACACGAGUCACAACUUCAGGCUGCAACCGACAAAUUUUUUCAAAACCUAGAAGAUGCGUGGGCCGACAUGGAAGCAAGGAACAACAAUAUGACAGAGCCGCUUGCUCGUAUGCUAAAGGAGAACACUGAUGCACUCCGCGCACAACAGGAGAAUACAUUCAAGAUGCAGAGAAUGUAUGAAGAAGGUCUUAAGAAUGCUCUUGAAGACCAAGCUCGAAUGAAAUCAGCCCAUGAACGAUCGGUGGAGGUAGCCAAUCAAAAUAUCGAAUCUGUUGCAAACGCAGGACUGGAAAGGUUCGCAUCCAUUGCGCAAUCUUUGGUACAAUUUCAAACCGAACUCGAGCUUCUGAGGGAUACAUUGGAGACCACACAUCUCAGUCUAAAUCAGGACGCGCAAGAAACAGCUGCUAUCAUACAAGAUACCAUGACAAAACUGGAACAACUUGAAAGCACUCUGGAACAAGUACAGAACGUCUCAGUCGAUAUUCAAGAGACCCUGGAGGAUACGGCUGUGUCUGCAGCUUACGUCAGUGAUUCAUUCUACAGACAAUCCCCCCUCUCAUCCUGGUGGCCGUACGUUUGGUGCCCGGCCGUUUCACUCGUAUUGGGCUCUUAUGGUCUUCCACCUUCUGUGACGAGAAACGUUGUCCUGGUUACCUUAGGUGAAUUUGCUGGUUUUACGUUAUCGUCUUUCCAAUCAGUUCACUCGAGUCUUUCUUCUAUUCAAGUCCCGGGGGUUUCUGGCUUUUUAUCUACUUGGGGAGGCUCCUCUCCCGCUAACGACACUGACGACACUCGUGCCGGAACUGACAACGAUACUGAGGUAUCUCAAGAUAUCUAGAUGAUUACAGCAUGAAUUCUGCUAGAGAGUAGAGCAGGAAGAGAAUGCGACUUGGUAACAUAUUUAUCAUGGCUUUUGAGGAUUUUGGGGGGUUACAAUGCUUGAUAUAUCCAUUAACAUAUUGCUUGCCCUAUACUAAAUGGGCACCUACUCGGAAUUCCAGACACUGGAAAUAUGGAGAUGCCAACAAGAUCAUCUCCAGCCUUGCUUAGCUAGCUUUGAAAUAAAU